AUGGACCCUGGCCCAAGGGAUGGCACUCUUAAAUGUUUCAUCAGGAGGAAUCGAACUACUCAGACAUAUUAUCUGUAUAUUGGAUUGACAGAAGCAUAUGAUGUGAAGUUCCUACUUGUUGCACGCAAGUGUCGUAAGCCCACGUGCACAGACUACCUAAUUUCUCUUGAUAAGGUUGAUAUGUCGAAGGGAAGCAGCACCUAUAUUGGCAAGCUAAGAUCAAACUUCCUUGGAACAAAGUUCACUGUCUAUGAUGCUCAUCCACCAUAUGAUGGAGCUGUGGUCUCAAAGAGUCGCUCUGCACGUGUGGUUGGUUUGAACCAAGUCUCCCCUAGAGUUCCGGCUGGGAAUUAUCCAGUUUCACAUAUUUCUUACGAGCUGAAUGUACUGGGCUCUAGAGGUCCAAGAAGGAUGAACUGUGUUAUGGAUUCCAUCCCUGCAUCGGCUGUUGAGGAAGGAGGGAAAGCUCCUACACAAACUGAAUUUCCACUUAGCAGCCUUGACUCUUUCCCAUCAAUUCCAUUCUUCAGAUCUAAAUCAGCUCGGAUAGAAAGUUCAACAGCGCAAUCAUCCAGUCAGAAGGAAGAUAGGUUGGUGCUGAAGAACAAGUCUCCUAGGUGGCAUGAACAACUGCAGUGUUGGUGCCUGAAUUUCCGUGGGCGGGUCACUGUUGCGUCGGUUAAAAACUUUCAGUUGGUGGCUUCUGAUGACAAUGGACCAGGGAACCAAGAGAAUGUCAAGGUCAUUCUCCAAUUUGGAAAGAUUGGAAAAGACUUGUUCACCAUGGACUACCGUUAUCCAAUAUCGGCAUUUCAAGCUUUUGCAAUUUGUCUGAGCAGUUUUGAUACAAAAAUAGCCUGCGAAUGA